GGAGAGACCGAGGAGCAAGGCGGGGAGCAGAGCGAGAAGGAGAGAGCGGAGAAGAGGAGGGAAGGAGGGAGCUGGGAGGGUGGAGAUGCCAUGUGAGCUUGGAAAGCAGCAAAAGGCAGGUGGAGAGACCCUAGAGGAUGGAGAGGGAGAAGGAGGAGGAAGAGAGUCCGGCCACAGAAGCAGCAGCAGCAGCAACAGCAGCGAAGUCUCCUUCUCCUCCUUUCCCCAAACCCUUCCGGCGCGAGGCGGGUGCGCAACCAGGGACUCUUCUUAACUUGGGCGGAGAGGCGGAGAAGCCCUGAACCCAGGGGCCUCGGAAGCAAACGCCCAACUCUUGGGGGCCUCCUCUCUCGCGUGAAGGACCCCCAACUUUCCCCGGAUGCCUUGAAGGCUGGAUCGGAGGGGGGCGCACAAGCAAGCGAAGGUCGCGCUUUGGAGAGCUUCGUCUUGCCGUGCGCCUUGGAGCGCCUUUUGGGGAAAAGCGAGCGACUGAAGUUGUGGAGACCUGGGAGAGCCGAAGGAGGAAGAGGAGGCUGCCGAGGAGAAGUGGAAGGCGACGCGGAGCCGUCGGAAGGGCCAUGCCACCGGGUUGAGGCGCUUCUCCUCCUCCUUCUCCGAUGCCUUGAGAGACUUCUGCCCCAAGCGCCAUGGCUGGAGCGUCGGGAGGCUCUUCGGCUCCUCUCUCCGGGGAAGCCCAGCCCCGUGGAGAGUUCGUGGCCCUCACCGCCGUUCAGACCGAGAGCGGAGAGGGGCCCCCGGCCGCUGCCACCUCCUCCUCCUCGGCGCCCCCAACGGCCGGCACCAGCCCGCGGCGCCUGGGUCUCCUGGGCACCCCUUUGCCGGUCCCUCCGGGGGGCUCUGCCGCUCGCUCCUCCGCCUCGCACAAGCGCUACCGCCGCCUCCAGAACUGCCUCUACAACGUGCUGGAGAGACCCCGCGGAUGGGCCUUCAUCUACCACGCAUUCAUAUUUCUCCUGGUCUUCAGCUGUCUGGUCCUGUCUGUGUUUUCAACCAUCCCAGAACAUCAAAAAUUUGCCAACCAGUGUCUCUUCAUCCUGGAAUUUGUAAUGAUUGUAGUUUUUGGAAUGGAGUACAUUGUUAGGGUUUGGUCGGCGGGCUGUUGCUGCCGCUACCGAGGAUGGCAGGGCCGCUUCCGUUUCGCUCGGAAACCCUUCUGUGUCAUAGAUUUCAUUGUCUUUGUUGCGUCCCUCGCUGUCAUUGCCGCUGGCACUCAGGGCAACAUCUUUGCUACUUCAGCAUUGCGCAGCAUGCGCUUUCUCCAGAUCCUACGCAUGGUGCGCAUGGACCGUCGCGGUGGCACCUGGAAGCUUUUGGGUUCAGUGGUCUAUGCUCACAGCAAGGAGCUGAUCACAGCCUGGUACAUUGGGUUCCUGGUCCUCAUCUUUGCUUCCUUUCUGGUCUACCUGGCUGAGAAAGAUUCCAACAAAGAUUUCCUCACUUAUGCAGAUUCGCUCUGGUGGGGUACUAUCACGCUCACCACCAUCGGCUACGGGGACAAGACCCCUCACACUUGGCUGGGCCGGGUGCUGGCAGCCUGCUUUGCCUUGCUGGGCAUCUCCUUCUUUGCUCUACCGGCUGGGAUUCUAGGCUCCGGGUUUGCCCUCAAGGUCCAAGAGCAACAUCGGCAAAAGCAUUUUGAGAAGCGAAGGACACCGGCAGCCAACUUGAUCCAAGCCGCUUGGCGCCUUUACUCGACCGACAUCAGCCGGGCUUACCUGACGGCCACCUGGUGCUACUAUGACAGCAUCCUGCCCUCCUUUAGAGAAUUGGUCCUUAUGUUUGACCACUUGCACCGAGCACGCAAUGGAGGGCUUAAGAACUCUGAGGUGAGGAAAUACCCCGAUGGAGCACCACCACAUUAUCACUCCUUCACCCAUGGCCUGAAAACCACCAGUCCUCCCUUUAACUCAGGGGAAAGCAAUAAAAUGGGCAUCAAGGACCGCAUCCGCUUGAGCAAUUCCCAAAGGCAGAGCAGCCGGGGGAAACAGCAUCUGGUGCCACCCCUCCGCCGCUCGCCCAGCACCGAGAACGUCAAUGAGGCUGCCAGCCCCACCAAGGUCCAGAAGAGCUGGAGCUUCAAUGAUAGGACAAGGUUCCGAGCCUCAUUGAGGUUGAAGCCCCGGAUCCCUGUGGAAGUUGAUGGUCCUGUGGAGGAAAGCAGUGAGGAGAAGGCCUACCAAUGUGACUUGACCUUUGAGGAUAUCAUGCCUGCGGUCAAGACCCUCAUAAGGGCAGUCAGAAUCCUCAAAUUCCUGGUGGCCAAACGGAAGUUCAAGGAGACGUUGCGCCCAUAUGAUGUCAAGGAUGUUAUUGAACAAUAUUCAGCCGGCCACUUGGACAUGUUGUGCAGGAUCAAAAGUCUCCAGACUCGAGUGGAUCAGAUAGUGGGUCGUGGAGCCAUUGCCAUCGACAAGAAGGUGCGGGAGAAAGGCGAGAAGUCAUCACUGGAGAUGGAACUAGUGGAUGAGCUUAGUAUGCUGGGACGAGUGGUCAAAGUGGAGAAGCAGGUGCAGUCCAUUGAGCACAAGCUGGAUUUGCUGCUGGGUGUCUACUCCCAAUGCUUGAGGAAAGGUUCCGGCAACUCCAUCAGCCUCACCGCCAUGCCCAUCCCGACAGGGGAGCCAGACAUCACCUCGGACUACCACAGCCCUGUGGACCACGAGGACAUCUCUGUCUCUGCUCAGACCUUGAACAUCUCCCGGUCAGCUAGCACCAACAUAGACUAAGUUGGCCCCCACCUAGCUGCAUGAUAGUGAUACACCAGCCGUAUUGGGGAGAGGUGAGGAUAUGGGGAGGAAACCUUCCUGCUUCCAGGGCAGGGAAGAGGGGUAGACAGCCUACUCUAAGAGACAGGACUCCUCCAAACCAAAACCUUCUCCAACCUCACCAUGUUGGCAAGGCUUUGGUGGACACUGUUCUCUCAACGCACCACAAGUGUUGCCUCAACUUUACUUGAAGUCUUCCAGCUGAGGACAGAUGUUCCAAGAGCAACAUGGACAUCGACCUCCAGCAUGAGCCAUCAUGGCACCGUUAAUGGUUUCCUAAACACAACAGCAGCCAAGCCAUCAAUUGUAACUGAGAAAUGCCUCUGAAGCCUGUGUUGGGAGCAAGACAUCAAUGAGCAGAACCUGAAGGGUGGCUUUCUCCUUGGAAAGGAAGCCUUCUGAGCCUAGAAUGAAUUUGUGACAGGUGGAUCUUCUUUUGCUCCAUCAUCCUUCUGUGAGGACCAACUCCAAUGGAGCAUUUCCAGGGGCAUCCAACUUCAGAGGAGCUGAUGCUAAGAUCUCCUCAGGUCUGACUGGUCUCUAUCUUGGCCUCAACAACAGCUCUCUGACCAAGUAAACCAUAUUGGCGGUCUCAUUCGCUUAGCAACUUUUCUCUGACUGCCAUCUACUUACUCUGGACUUCUUCCCUUUUGGGAAACUGGGUCAGAGAUGCUACUUAACAGCUAUGCAAAAGCUAGAUUCCCCCUUCCUUCCUUCCUUCCUUCCUUCCUUCCUUCCUUCCUUCCUUCCUUCCUUCCUUCCUUCCUUCCUUCCUUCCUUCCUUCCCAUGCUACACAAGGGUGACUCCACUGAGUGCGGUUUCUCAUCUUUGCAUCUAGAAGAAAAUGAUAACUUUUGAUGCCUCACCCUGCUCCUGGCCGUCUUGAAGCUCUUUUGCACUUCUUCUGUAUACCGCCUCUAACCCCACCCUCUGCCUCCCAAUGGGCAUUGCUCUGUGGCCCAGGUAUCAUAAGCACAGUGGGACUUUCCACCCAAGCGGGAGAUGUGUUUGCCGGGGGUUGGGCAAUAUGAUAUGCAACAAAUCUUGAAUAUGCAACUUGCAACUAGUCUUUACUGUUCAGCCAUGGAUAAGGAGUUUCUCUUCCCAGGAAGCUUAGAGAAAGCUAGAUGACUCCCAGGGUCUUUAUUGGUGAUCCAGAUGACCAGUGUGUGUGUGUGGGGGGGGGGGGGAGGAAUCCUCCUGUGUCCCAUUUCUUAAUCCUGUCCCAAACUGGGACAGGUAGGGGAGCAAAUCUCAUCCCUGUACUUGUUCUAUAGAUGGAUGAAGGUAGGGACUCUGUCUUUACAACAGGGUGUGCAAUUGCAUGGAGACCAAAGGCUCAAAUACUUUAUUUUCCCUCUGCAGUCCCUCUGCAGUUCCUAGCAGCAGGAAGUGACUUGGAGUUAGUAUGGAGUACUGGAGUGUAUGUGGUAGGAUGGGUGUAUUUUCACAUGCUUUUUAUCUCCACUGUUUGCCACCUUGGAAGCUAUGUCCUCCCUAGGGUCCUUUGAUCUUUGGAUGCUGUUAAAACUUUGCACAUGAAUUUCCCCCUGUUUCUUGAUUGACUAUCUAAAUGUUUUCAAAGAAGACAGCAUCUAGAAAGUCUUUGUCUCCUAGAGCUUGGGAACAUUCCUUUGGGGGGGGGGGGGUAUGACAGUUCCCAGAAUCCUCUAGCCAGCAUGGCCCCUGCUGUCAGGCUCCAAAGUACAGAUGGGUGGAAAUGUGCCCUGGGGGCCAUAUAUGGCCCCAAGAUUGCUUUCUGUGUUCCUGCAAAACUCACUGAAUUCCUCCUAAAAUAAUCCAGAUUAUUUUCAUUGGCUGAAUAGUGCCCUCAAGCCACCAUGAAAGUGUGGAGUCUGCCAACGCCCCUCCCCCCAAGUGAAACGAUCAGCAGCCUUUAGAUUGUUCUCGAACUCAAUAUGAUGUGGUGUGAGUUCUGGUUGCACUGGGAGCUGUGGGUCAUGGACAGGGUUCAAAUGGCCAUUGUCCAUUCCUACCCUAAAGAAACUCUUCCAAGCUCUCCUUCCUUGAAUAUCUUGCUUCUCAUCCCCAGCUACUGCCACAUGUAUGAAGAAACUGGAAAGGCACCCCAUUCUCCUUAUCUGCUCACACCAAGUUACUCCACCAGCAUGCAAGCAGCUGAGUUGUCUUGCAGAAAAGUCCUGGAUAUUUGAUGCAGGGAACAAGCAGCUUCCAUCCCACCCUCCGUAGGGUGCAUGCCACGCCAGCCCUCCUUGCCCAAAUGCACCACUGCCUGCCCCCCACCCCUUGCAUGCUCAUGCAUGUGUCUUGAAGAAACAUCUAGUGCUGUUCCCGACUCUUUCCUCACAGACUCGCCCACCUCUCCAUGCACUGAACAUAGCAUCUUUGGAGAGCGCACCCAGGUUCUCCAACCCAUGGGAAUGUCUCCCAAAGCAGGGAGGGGUUUGCAUGGGGACGGCGAGGGGAGGGGAAGGGAGCAGGGAAUGGCUUUGACCCACCAACUGAGGACAACGAGGCAGAACCUUCUGGCAGAUGUCCCAACCAACCCUUUUUCCGAAGCAGUGAAUAGUUACCUCACUUUAUUAACUUAUUAACUUAUUGGUUUCAUUAAAGUUUUCAGUAGAUGGUU